AUGGAUGCCGCAAAGAAAGUUAACAAUCCAAAUCCACGAGUAUCUGCGAAUCCGAUUAGUAAAUUUUUCUUCUGGUGGUUGGCAAGAAUAAUUUGGUAUGGAAAAGAUCAUGACUUGGAGAUGACAAAUGUAUAUAAUAUUAUGCCAGCUGAUAAUAGUGAAUUUUUGGGAAACAAAUUGGAAGAAAAUUGGAAAAAUGAAGUGCACGCAGCUAAGGAGGACAGUAGAAAGCCUAAAUUUUUUACAGCUUUGAAAAAAACAUUUAUAUGGUCAUUUUUUUAUUAUGGAGGAUGGAUUUUAAUGUUAACUGUUGUUGUGAGAACUAUGCAAAUAUAUAUUUUGGGUUUGUUCAUUUGGCACUUUGAUCCAAGAGCAGCGUCUACCCAGGAAGAAGCAUAUCUCUACGCUUCUGGUAUGAUAAUUCUAACAAUAAUGGUGGUGAUGAUAACUCAUCAUUCGAAUCUGGGUUUAAUGGAGAUUGGAAUGCGAGUGAGAAUAGCAAGCUCCUCUUUAAUAUACAGGAAGAUAUUACGCUUAUCCAGUUCUACAAUCACUUCUCCAGGACAAAUUGUUAAUCUGUUAUCAAAUGACAUGUCAAAAUUCGAACAAUUGUUUACAACAUUACAUUACAUUUGGAUCCUGCCUAUACAAGGAUCCAUAAUUGCAUUUUUGAUAUGGCAAAGCGUCGGCAUCGCUUCGUUAGCCGGUGUAUUUCUCAUAAUAAUUCAGACUAUUCCUCUUCAAGGAUACAUAAGCAAAUGUACCUCGAAGUUACGUUCAAAAAUCGCAGUGAGAACCGACGAAAGAAUUCGUUUGAUGUCUGAAAUAAUUAAGGGCAUACAAGUUAUUAAAAUGUACACUUGGGAGAAACCAUUCGCGGAAUUAGUUAAUCGUGCAAGAAAAUACGAAAUCGAUGUUCUCACGCUGAUAUCGUAUCUAAGAGGUUUUACGUUAGCCACUUGUGUUUUCACGGAAAGAACAACCUUGUAUUUCACAAUUAUGGCCUAUGUACUUUAUGGGCAUUCUAUAUCAGCGGAUAAAGUAUUCUCAUUGGCACAAUAUUUUAAUAUUCUUCAACUUACCAUGGCGAUAUUUUAUCCUAUGGCUGUGGCGGGUGCUGCUGAAGCAGCAGUGUCUAUAAAAAGAAUUGAGAACUUCCUAUUAUUGAACGAGAACGUUCCAUUGACACAAUCUUUAUCAACUGUUAAAGACAUAAGUAUUUUAAUGAAAAAUGUUAGUGCUUCAUGGACAACUACUACAAUUGCAAAUACAUUACAUAACAUCAACAUUCAAAUUAAAGACAAAAAACUCUACACUAUCAUUGGUCCUGUAGGCGCAGGCAAGAGUUCUUUUCUGCAAGCAAUUUUAGGCGAACUGAAAUCAUCGCAAGGCCAAAUCCACAUAAAUGGUAAAAUAUCAUAUGUUAGCCAAGAACCUUGGCUAUUCACAGGCACAGUGCGAAAUAACAUUUUAUUUGGUCAGCCUUAUGACAAUAAUAGAUAUCAGAAUGUUGUAGAUGUAUGCGCUCUUACGAAAGAUUUUGAACAAUUUCCGUACGGUGAUAAGACUUUAGUCGGUGAAAGAGGUACAGCACUUAGUGGCGGACAACGUGCGAGAAUUAAUCUAGCAAGAGCUAUCUACAGAGACGCUGAUAUUUAUCUUUUCGAUGAUCCUUUAUCAGCUGUUGACACUCACGUUGGUAGACACUUAUUUAAUGAAUGUAUGAAUAAUUAUUUGCGAAACAAGACAAGAAUUCUCGUGACUCAUCAAUUGCAGUAUUUGAAACAAUGCGAUUACAUUGUUAUUCUUAAUAAUGGUCAAAUUGAAGAUGAAGGUACGUUUGCAGCCCUUCAAGAAAAACGUGCAAUUUUUUUGGAAAUAUUAAUGAAAGCCGAAGAAGUUAACGAAAAGACGAAAGAAGCAUUAAAAACUUAUGCAAAUCCUAUGUCUGAUAUAAUUCAAAAUAGUAAUGUCAAUGAUGAAGACAUGGAGAAAGCCGAGCCUCAAGAAACCGAGGAGCUUCUGGCUAAAGGAAGUUUAUCAACAUUAAUUUAUUGGAAAUAUCUUCGUAGUGGUGCUUCGAUCAUCAUGAUUGUCAGUUUUUUAUUUUGCUUGAUCUUGGGACAAAUUGGAAGUAAUGGUUGUGAUUACUGGGUCGGUUAUUGGACGAGGCAAGAAGAGAUGCGUAUCAAAGCUAUGCGCGAACUACAGCAUAUAACGAAUAAUUUUACAAUUCUUUCUUCCACACUGAAAUCUACUGGACAAAAAGAAAAUGCAUCAGAUAUUAAUAACGACCUCACCGAAUUUCUAACGAUCACAGAUUAUUAUAAACAGAAUAUAUCCAAUGAUACUAUAUCGUCACAAAAUUUUACUAUUAAUAACUAUGAAAACAUAUACUAUUUUGAUACGAAUACAGCUUUAUGGAUUUAUGGAGGUUUUAUUAUUAUCAGCACUGUGGUAACGACAAUGAAAAAUUUAAUCUUCUUCAAGAUAUGUAUGAACGCCAGCAAGAAUUUACAUAAUUUCAUGUUUUCGUGUGUACUUAAAGCACCAAUGUCGUUCUUUGAUAAUAACCCAUCUGGUCGAAUUUUAAAUCGAUUUUCAAAGGAUAUGGGCGCAGUAGAUGAAAUAUUGCCCACCACUAUGACAUUAUCCAUUCAAAUAUUUACGGUGAUGAUUGGAAUUCUGGUGCAAGUAUUUAUUAUCAACUGGUGGAUUAUAUUUGCUGUAAUCAUUAUGGUUUUUUUGUUUGGCAUGAUAAGAAAAAUUUAUCUUCCAAUAGCGCGAACCACAAAACGGUUGGAAGGAAUUGCGAAGAGUCCUAUGUUCUCGCAUGUAAACGCUACAUUGUCAGGUCUGACGACAAUACGUUCUACCGGCAUCCAAGAGAUGAUUCGCAAACAAUUCGACGAACAUCAAGAUUUACAUACUAGUACCUAUUCACUAAUUAUUGCAACUGGCACAGUAUUCGGUUUUGCGCUGGACAUAGUAUCUGUUGGAUUUAUCGCCGUUGUUACGUAUAGUUUUAUUGCGUUCAACGAUGAAAACACUUUUGCCGGAUAUGUUGGAUUAGCUAUUUCGCAAGUGCUCAUUUUAUGCGGUAUGGUACAGUAUGGAAUGCGUCAAACCGCCGAAACGAUCACACAGAUGACGAGUGUAGAAAGAAUAAUGCAAUUCACCGAGCUCGAGAAAGAGGGUCCGUUCGAAAGUAAUCCUAUAGAUAAACCGUUGUCUAAUUGGCCCUCUAAGGGAGAAAUUAAAUUUGACCGUAUUUAUCUUCGAUAUUCCGAAUCUGAACCACCCGUUCUAAAAUCUCUCAGUUUCGUUAUUAAACCUGGCAUGAAGGUUGGAAUUGUGGGUCGUACUGGAGCAGGAAAGUCAUCCCUGAUCGCUGCCUUGUUUCGUAUGGCAAAACUCGACGGCACUAUUUACAUCGAUAACGUUGAUACGAAGAAGAUUGGUCUUCACGAUUUGAGGAAUAAAAUCUCUAUAAUACCUCAAGAACCAGUAUUAUUCUCCUCUACGCUUCGAGAUAAUCUCGAUCCCUUUUAUAAGUUUCAUGACGCUGAUCUAUGGAGUGUUUUAGAAGAAGUGAAAUUGAAACACAUGGUAGGCUCCUUAGACUAUCACGUCGAGCAGGACGGCAGCAACUUCAGCGUCGGACAGCGACAAUUGGUUUGCCUAGCUCGCGCAAUUUUACAGGCUAAUAAAAUACUUGUGCUCGACGAAGCUACUGCCAAUGUGGAUCCUACAACGGACGCACUCAUACAAACCACGAUCCGAAAGAAGUUCGAAGACUGCACGGUCUUAACAAUAGCACACAGAUUGAACACGAUAAUGGACAACGAUAAAGUACUGACAAUGGAUCAAGGUCAAAUGUUAGAAUUUGAUCAUCCGUAUAUUUUGUUGCAAAAUGAACAAGGUCAUUUCAGUAGUAUGGUGCAAGAAACUGGAAAGACUAUGACGGAACAACUUAAGCAAUGUGCCAAAGAGGCAUAUGAUCGACAGCAUGGAUUAUUGUAAUUUUCUCUAGAAGUAUACUACAAGAUUUGUGUUAAUAACGAAC